AUGUGCGAAGAGCUUCAGGGGCAAGCCAAUGUGCGAAGAGCUUCAGGGGCAAGCCAGUGUGCGAAGAGCUUCAGGGGCAAGCCAGUGUGCGAAGAGCUUCAGGGGCAAGCCAAUGUGCGAAGAAGCUUCAGGGGCAAGCCAAUGUGCGAAGAGCUUCAGGGGCAAGCCAAUGAGCGAAGAGCUUCAGGGGCAAGCCAAUGUGCGAAGAGCUUCAGGGGCAAGCCAAUGUGCGAAGAGCUUCAGGGGCAAGCCAGUGUGCGAAGAGCUUCAGGGGCAAGCCAAUGUGCGAAGAAGCUUCAGGGGCAAGCCAAUGUGCGAAACAGCUUCAGGGGCAAGCCAAUGUGCAAAGAGCUUCAGGGGCAAGCCAAUGUGCAAAGAGCUUCAGGGGCAAGCCAAUGUGCAAAGAGCUUCAGCGGCAAGCCAGUGUGCAAAGAGCUUCAGCGGCAAGCCAGUGUGCGAAGGGUUUCAGGGGCAAGCCAGUGUGCGAAAAGCUUCAGGGGCAAGCCAGUGUGCGAAGAGCUUCAGGGGCAAGCCAGUGUGCGAAGAGCUUCAGGGGCAAGCCAGUGUGCAAAGAGCUUCAGGGGCAAGCCAAUGUGCGAAGAAGCUUCAGGGGCAAGCCAAUGUGCGAAGAGCUUCAGGGGCAAGCCAAUGAGCGAAGAGCUUCAGGGGCAAGCCAAUGUGCGAAGAGCUUCAGGGGAAAGCCAAUGUGCGAAGAGCUUCAGGGGCAAGCCAAUGAGCGAAGAGCUUCAGGGGCAAGCCAAUGUGGGAAGAGCUUCAGGGGCAAGCCAAUGUGCGAAGAGCUUCAGGGGCAAGCCAGUGUGCGAAGAGCUUCAGGGGCAAGCCAGUGUGCAAAGAGCUUCAGGGGCAAGCCAAUGUGCGAAGAAGCUUCAGGGGCAAGCCAAUGUGCGAAGAAGCUUCAGGGGCAAGCCAAUGUGCGAAACAGCUUCAGGGGCAAGCCAAUGUGCAAAGAGCUUCAGGGGCAAGCCAAUGUGCAAAGAGCUUCAGGGGCAAGCCAAUGUGCAAAGAGCUUCAGCGGCAAGCCAGUGUGCGAAGGGCUUCAGGGGCAAGCCAGUGUGCGAAAAGCUUCAGGGGCAAGCCAGUGUGCGAAGAGCUUCAGGGGCAAGCCAGUGUGCGAAGAGCUUCAGGGGCAAGCCAGUGUGCGAAGAGCUUCAGGGGCAAGCCAAUGUGCGAAGAAGCUUCAGGUGCAAGCCAAUGUGCGAAGAGCUUCAGGGGCAAGCCAAUGAGCGAAGAGCUUCAGGGGCAAGCCAAUGUGCGAAGAGCUUCAGGGGAAAGCCAAUGUGCGAAGAGCUUCAGGGGCAAGCCAAUGAGCGAAGAGCUUCAGGGGCAAGCCAAUGUGCGAAGAGCUUCAGGGGCAAGCCAAUGUGCGAAGAGCUUCAGGGGCAAGCCAGUGUGCGAAGAGCUUCAGGGGCAAGCCAGUGUGCAAAGAGCUUCAGGGGCAAGCCAAUGUGCGAAGAAGCUUCAGGGGCAAGCCAAUGUGCGAAGAAGCUUCAGGGGCAACCAAUGUGCGAAACAGCUUCAGGGGCAAGCCAAUGUGCAAAGAGCUUCAGGGGCAAGCCAAUGUGCAAAGAGCUUCAGGGGCAAGCCAAUGUGCAAAGAGCUUCAGCGGCAAGCCAAUGUGCAAAGAGCUUCAGCGGCAAGCCAGUGUGCGAAGGGCUUCAGGGGCAAGCCAGUGUGCAAAGAGCUUCAGGGGCAAGCCAAUGUGCGAAGAAGCUUCAGGGGCAAGCCAAUGUGCGAAGAAGCUUCAGGGGCAAGCCAAUGUGCGAAACAGCUUCAGGGGCAAGCCAAUGUGCGAAGAAGCUUCAGGGGCAAGCCAAUGUGCGAAACAGCUUCAGGGGCAAGCCAAUGUGCAAAGAGCUUCAGGGGCAAGCCAAUGUGCAAAGAGCUUCAGGGGCAAGCCAAUGUGCAAAGAGCUUCAGCGGCAAGCCAGUGUGCAAAGAGCUUCAGCGGCAAGCCAGUGUGCGAAGGGCUUCAGGGGCAAGCCAGUGUGCAAAGAGCUUCAGGGGCAAGCCAAUGUGCGAAGAAGCUUCAGGGGCAAGCCAAUGUGCGAAGAAGCUUCAGGGGCAAGCCAAUGUGCGAAACAGCUUCAGGGGCAAGCCAAUGUGCAAAGAGCUUCAGGGGCAAGCCAAUGUGCAAAGAGCUUCAGGGGCAAGUCAAUGUGCAAAGAGCUUCAGCGGCAAGCCAGUGUGCGAAGGGCUUCAGGGGCAAGCCAGUGUGCGAAAAGCUUCAGGGGCAAGCCAGUGUGCGAAGAGCUUCAGGGGCAAGCCAGUGUGCGAAGAGCUUCAGGGGCAAGCCAGUGUGCGAAGAGCUUCAGGGGCAAGCCAGUGUGCGAAGAGCUUCAGGGGCAAGCCAGUGUGCAAAGAGCUUCAGGGGCAAGCCAGUGUGCGAAGAGCUUCAGGGGCAAGCCAGUGUGCGAAGAGCUUAAGGGGCAAGCCAGUAUGUGGAGAACUGCAGGGAUAA